GUGUUCCUUCUCCAGCUCUCUAAGACCUUUCUCUGAGGGAGGAACAGUAUAGCUUUAAGGAAAAUUUUGGCAGAUGCAGACGUCCUAACAUCUGGGCAGCGUUAACAGAAUCCCGGAGGCCCAACAGACCAGGAGCCACUGGUUCUAGGAAUGCUAAAGUAGGAGCUUCUUCUGACCAAUAAAAGGAGCAGAGAAGGAGAAAAAGAGGAGAUAGAAAGAAAACACAUCCCCACCCACAGAAAGCAGAUUUCAUCCCCUCACUUUGGGAAGUUGACUGAUUGCUGAUUCCUGGAAGUCCUUUUCCUUUGCCUUGAUACUGUCCUCAUACCUCAACUCUUGCUUCCGAAACCCCACUGUCAAGAAUGACCCGGCAACUAACUCAAAUAGGAGUCCUCUCUCUGCUGCUCUUCCUAACUCCAGCAGUGACCCCAACAUGGUAUGCUGGCUCCGGCUACUAUCCAGAUGAAAGCUACAAUGAAGUAUAUGCUGAAGAGGCCCCACAGACCCCUGCCCUAGACUACCGAGUUCCCCAGUGGUGUUAUACAUUAAAUAUGCAGGAUGGAGAGGCCACAUGCUACUCACCAAGGGGAGGAAAUUAUCACAGCAGCCUGGGCACUCGUUGUGAACUUUCCUGUGACCGGGGUUUUCGAUUGAUUGGACGGAGGUCGGUGCAAUGCCUUCCAAACCGCCGUUGGUCUGGAAAUGCCUACUGCAGACAGGUGCGAUGUCACACAUUGCCAUUCAUCACGAGUGGAACCUACUCCUGCACAAACGGGGCGCUUCUCGACUCCCGCUGUGACUACAGCUGCUCCAGUGGGUACCACCUGGAAGGUGACCGCAGCCGUGUCUGUAUGGAAGAUGGGCGAUGGAGUGGAGGCGAGCCUGUAUGUGUAGACAUAGACCCCCCCAAGAUCCGUUGUCCCCACUCACGGGAGAAGAUGGCAGAACCGGAAAAGUUGACUGCUCGAGUAUACUGGGACCCACCAUUGGUGAAAGACUCUGCUGAUGGUACCAUCACCAGGGUGACACUUCGGGGCCCUGAGCCUGGAUCUCAUUUCCCCGAAGGAGAACAUGUGAUUCGUUACACUGCCUAUGACAGAGCCUAUAACCGAGCCAGCUGCAAGUUCAUUGUGAAAGUGCAAGUGAGACGCUGCCCAACUCUGAAACCACCACAGCACGGCUAUCUAGCCUGCAGUUCAGCAGGAGACAACUAUGGUGCCACCUGUGAAUAUUAUUGUGAUAGUGGUUACGAGCGCCAAGGAACACCCUCCCGAGUUUGCCAGUCCAGUCGCCAAUGGUCAGGAUCACCACCCACCUGCACUCCUAUGAGGAUUAACGUUCAUGUUAACUCAGCCGCUGCCCUUCUGGAUCAGUUCUUUGAGAAACGGCGACUCCUCAUCAUCUCUGCUCCAGAUCCCUCCAACCGAUAUUAUAAAAUGCAGAUCUCUAUGCUACAGCAAUCUACCUGUGGGCUGGACCUGCGUCAUGUGACCAUCAUCGAGCUGGUGGGGCAGCCACCGCAGGAGGUGGGGCGGAUCCGGGAGCAGCAGCUGUCAGCUGAUAUCAUCCAGGAGCUCAGGCAAUUUCAGCACCUCACCCGCUCUUCCUUCAACAUGGUCUUGAUUGACAAGCAGGGUAUAGACCGGGAACGCUACAUGGAACCUGUCACUCCGGAGGAAAUAUUCACCUUCAUUGACGACUACUUAUUGAGCAACCAGGAGCUGGCCCAGCGCCGGGAGCAAAGGGACAUGUGCGAGUGAACCUGAGCCCGGGAUGAGACAUCAAGGGAAAAGAUACCUCAGUUGGUGGAAAUGGGGGCCUAAUAAA